AAGUUGAAUGGGUGGAGGGGUCACUUCUCUGUUGGAGAAGUGACAGACCAGUAGAUUUCUAUCUUUACAUCCGCAGUCACAUUUUACUUCUUGCGUUUAGACUGACAACAAAAAAAGAUAAAACAAGAUUAAUUGUGAAUCAUGCUGGCAGAAGGUAUUUUGAGUCUGUUGCAUUUCAAGGAGGACAAUGAUAAUGUUGCUUUUGUUUCCAUGGGACGCAAGUUUCAGAGAAGCUCGAUGAUUCUUCAGACAGAUCUUAAACAAGGUCUAGAACACGAGGAUUCUGGCUUCAGACUUUCUCAUGAAGUCCGAGCCACAGGUCUUUCUAUCCCUAGAUGUUCACCUGUUGAAAACCUUGAAACAGACCUGACACUCUGCGCAAGCGCUUGUAGCCUCCUGGAACAUUAUCCUGAUCUCCAGGUGGCCGAUGCUGGCCUCAUCUCCUACAACGCUCUCGGAAACAGCGGCACUCACCAAAAUCUUUACACUGAGUCUUAUAAUUUGACCCGGCCCGAGUGUGCAGAACAACAGCCUCUCUUGUCACUUCCAGACCAGGGCUAUCUGGUUAUGGGUGGCUUGGAUCUGCCCGCCUUACAGUCAGAGCCCAUGUCUGACUCAUUGCUGAAUGGACUUCUGGAGAAAAAGUUAGAUGAGGUAUAUCUGCAGCACCUGACUGAUAACCUGGCUCGAUGCAACUCCAUCCUGGGUAACAGCCUGCUGCAUGGCCUGGUACCUCCUCUGCAACCUAACAACCAACAGCAUGGCUCAGAUUCACUGGAGUCCAUUCUGGAAAAGGGACCAGAUGGAGAGAAUGGCAAGAAGAUAAGUCACUUGACCACCGUAAAUUUACCUCCAUGUUCCUCUAACUUUAGCACUCCCAUCCUUCGUAUUUCCGAGGAUGUGCAUCCACAAUGAAAACAUUUAACAUGUUAGUUUCAUGUAUUACUAACAUAGCGGAUUUCUUUUUUCCAUUAUUCAAAAAUUCAAUGCUACAGUGAGUGUUUCGAUUAUCUGAAAUGGACUAUGUGAGCUUUCACUCGCUGGUGGUGGUGACCUGACUCAAUUUUUAACUGCUUGCAUAUGACACCUGCUGGUAGAUUUUUGUAAGACAUCACAAUCGAUACAACUGAUACGACUGUAUAAAUAAACCUGUGAUUUGUCCAAUUUGGACUUACUACCGUAGUUGUAAACGAUGAUUUUAGACAAACUCUCCCUCGAUAAGGAAUAAAUAUUGUAAUAAAGGAUCCUAAUAAAAUAUAUUUAAAACUCAA